UACCGGCUGGAUCCUCCAGUAGGGUCUUCCAUUCACUGACACCUUCGCCCCAACUGGUUCCGUCAAGCUUGUUGGCAGGAAACAAGGUAGCUAGUGACUGCACGCGGCACGGAUCCCUGCACAUUCUGGACUAGUCAACCAAAGCCCCCGAGACAACUGGAAGCUUACCAUCGACUACGUCCAUUCUCGGUAAAUUUACGAGUCGUCUCAGCAAAUCAGUGAAGCACAGGAGGAUUCGGGCCUACCCCAGCUUCCUGCUGGUUCCUGCGCUUUGUUUUCCCCCGCACGGAGGUCAGGCGUGGCAGCAUCAUGAGGUGAAUGGUGCCUACGACCAGCAGUGACGUUUUAUUGUUUUUGGCUAGGGGAUUAUGAAUACCUCCCCAGUAUUUAACCGACGCACAACCCCUCUUCGUGGCUGCUUUCGUUCUUUGCUGUGUCCUGCUCGGAUAACGCCUCGUGUCUUGAUCAUUUACUGCUCCUUCUUCAUCACUAUCACUAUUCUCCUAGGGCUCAGGAUGCACGUCAAGCACUAUCUCUCGGCCGUCCUUUAUGGACUGCCAGCUUUGGCUCAGACUACACAGUCGAGCUCCUCUUCUUCGUCCAGCACUUCAGCUACAGAUCCCUUCAAGGUCUACACCAUCAGCGCGGAAAACAUCACUGCCAAGUUGAUUCCGUAUGGAGCACGAUUGAUAUCUCUGAUGGUUCCGGAUCGCGAUGGCAAGGAGCAGGAUGUCGUCAUUGGCUACGAUGACCCUAAGGCCUACCUGAAUGACACAGAGACCGUCCACACCUUCUUCGGUGCUGUUGUUGGUCGGUACGCCAAUCGCAUUAAGAACGGCACGUUCACCAUCGGCACGAAUGAGUACCAUGUGCCGGAGAAUGAGAACAACGGCACUGAUACUCUCCACGGAGGCAAGGUGGGCUACGACCAGCGGAACUGGACUGUCACAGCACACUCCAAGUCUUCCGUCACCUUCACUCUCUUCGAUCAAGGUUGGGAGGACUUCCCCGGAGACGUCCUCACCCACGCCAUCUACAGCGUCGACACGACUGUCACUCCGCAAAACCCAAAGGGUCUCCCCCAGCUGACCACCCAACUGGUCUCCCUUGCCCUGACGGAGGCGACUCCCAUCAUGCUCUCCAACCACAUCUACUGGAACCUCAAUGCCUUCAAGGCCCCUAAUGUCCUGAAUGACACCUUCCUGCAACUCCCUUACUCCAACCGCCUUGUCGCCACAGAUGGCAUCCUCAUCCCCAACGGCACCAUCCUUACCGUCGACGCGUUCCACGGCGCGCCCGAUUUCACUGAGGGCAAGCUCAUCGGCGCCGAUCUCAAGGAUACCUACGGCAUGUGCGGCACAGACUGCACCGGCUACGAUACCUGUUGGCUCGUCGAUCGACCCCCUCAAUACGCAGCUCCGGACUCGCUCGUCCCCAUCCUCCGCAUGAACUCUAGCGCAACCGGUAUCAGCCUCGAAGUAGCGUCCAACAUGCCUGCUCUGCAAAUCUACACCUGCGACAACGCCAAGAUGGACUACCUCCCCAUCAAGCCGUCGCAGGAGAAGCGUAAUAAAGAAGAGGGCAAGGAAGGCGCAAAGAACGUCAUGCAGUAUGGCUGCGUGGUUAUCGAACCCGAGGGCUGGAUUGAUGGCAUCAACCACCCUGAAUGGGGCCAGUUGCCGCUGCAGAUCUUCUCUCCCAACGAUGGUCCAGCCGUCAACAGGGCUACUUAUCAAUUCGGCACUGUCUAGAUUUCGAGUCCUCCGCUGUAGAAAUUUGGUGGUUGGACCGGACCGACUUAGUUGAUUCUGGGUCCGAAGUGAUAUCGCUGCCGAUUCGACGUACAAGCAGCUUUGGGAUCGAUGGUCCCUCAACGUGUACAUAAUAAUAUAAUGCUAUUCAAG